GCACUCUCGAAUAUGCAGAGAGGUCGUUGGCUGUCUCGACUUGCCUCAUGGUUUGCGAUCUCACCGCCCAAUUCUGCCGCUGUGAGUUAUUUACCAGUGAAAUGAACUUUGAGUUCUUCACGUCUGCACUCCCCCUUACUUGGUGACAUCCGCAUACAAACACGCUCGCAUACGCCUACGCUUUACCAGUCUACGCUGUGACAUCACUCUCGCUGCACUGCGACAUCCUCCAGUCGAAGCAUACCUUCAGACUAGCCCAUCCACACCUUCACAUCUACCGUUCAGAGUCCCCACCACCGCAACAAUGGCCGAAGAAAUCUCCUGGAAUGCGCUCGUCGCCAACGUGGUCGAGUGGAAGGACCGUCUCGUCAACAACUCGGUCAAGUCCUGGGAAGAAAUGACCGCACAACGCUGGAUCCGCAUCAUUGUCAUCGUUGGUGCAUACAUGCUCAUCCGCCCAUACCUCCUCUCGCACGCCGAGCGCAGCCGGAAGCGCCGCGCCGACAAGGAGGCCGCAGACCUGGGCCUCGAUGCUGGAACCGAGAUGUCGGCCAACGACUUCCCGAUCAACUCUCAGAUGAGAGGGAGAACGGCAUGGGCAUUGCAUUCCGCGGCGUUACUGGGUUUGCUACAAGCUUUGCGAAGCUUUUGGGGGUGCACAAAUAUCUAAUGGAAUGCGACAAGGAAGCUGGA